AUGGAGAAUGCUUUUAAUGCUUGUACUGCCAUAACAUUUAGUAAUUCCAAGCGGCUCAUUGGUAGGAGAUUUAGCGAUGCUUCUGUUCAGAGUGACAUUAGCACUGGCCCUUCAAGGGGUGUGGAGCAGCAGUUUGCAGCUGAAGAGAUCUCCUCAAUGGUUCUGAUGAAGAUGCGGGAGACUGCUGAAGCCUAUCUUGUCACCACUGUGAAGAAUGCUGUUGUCACUGUUCCUGCCUGCUCCACUGAAUUGCAGAGGCAGGCCACCUGGAAUGCAGGAGUGCUGGCAAAUCUUAAUGUUAUACGCAUCAUCCCUGAGCCCACUGCUGCUGCUUUGGCCUAUGGUCUUGACAGGAAGGCAGCCGAGAUUCGGGAGGACUAUAAUGUUCUCGUGUUUGACCUUGGAGGUGGUACCUUUGAUGUCUCUGUUCUCAGCAUCAUGGAGGGUUUCUUUGAAGUCAGGGCCACGGCUGGCGCUGCUCACCUUGGAGGUGAGGACUUCGACAACAGGAUGGUAAACCACUUUGUCCAGGAAUUCAAGAGAAAGAAGAAGGACAUCAGUGGCAACCCCAGGGCUCUCAGGAGGCUAAGGACAGCCUGCGAGAGGGCGAAGAGAACCCUCUCCUCCACUUUAGAGAGCACCAUUGAGAUCGAUUGUUUAUACGAGAACAUCGACUUCUACUCAACCAUUACCCGUGCCAGGUUCGAGGAGCUCAACAUGGAUCUCUUCAGAAAGUGUAUGGGGAUUGUGGAGGAUUGCCUCAGUGAAGCGUGGAACAUUAACAUACACUCAGUUCACGAUGUGGUCCUUGUUGGUGGCUCCUCUAGAAUUCCAAAGACCCAGCAGCUUCUUCAGGAGCUCUUCGAUGGGAAGGAGCUUUGCAACAGCAUCAACCCUGAUGAAGCUGUUGCCUACGGAGCUACUAUCCAGGCUGCCAUAUUGAGUGGACAGGGCGAUGACCACGAGAUCCAGAGUUUUCUCCUGAUGGAUGCUACCCCUCUUUCUCUUGGUUUGGAUACGGAGGGAGGUGUGAUGACUGUGCUGAUUCCAAGGAACACCAGCUUCCCCACCAAAAAGGAACUGGUCUUUUCGACCGACUUGGACAACCAGCCUUGUAUCCGUAUCCAAGUGUACGAAGGUGAGGGGACCAUGACUCGCGACAACAAUCUGUUGGGUGAGUUUGAGUUCUCUAUUCCUCCAGCACCCAAGGGUGUUCCACAGAUCAGUAUUACCUUCGAUAUCGACGCCAACGGUAUCUUGGGUGUCUCUGCCGAGGACAAAACCACGGGCCAGAAGAUGAGGAAAACCAUCACCAAGAGGUUCCGUUUAAAGCAUUAA